AUGGCUUUAGUUGCGUAUGAUAACAGUGACUCAAGUGAUUAUGAUGAACCUGAAUGUACUGGAGAGACUUCAAAAUUACAAGAGAUAAUAAGUGAAGUUAAACCUAAAUCAAGAAUUACUGUACCAUCUCUGGGUGAUUUUAAAGAUAUAGAAGAUACAGUUCCAAGUGCUAAAAGAAAAGUUAGCAAAGAGAAAAAAUCAGGACUCUUAAGUAUUCUUCCACAGCCCAAAAACAGCUCUAAAGUAUCCACAAAAAUGCUAAUACCACAAUCUGUAUCUAACAAGCCACCUUCAACUGUAAAAAAGAAAGACUGUGUACCAAGUAUUUUAAAAAAAAACAAGGUUGAAACAAAAAGUGCAGUUAAAACUGACUAUUCAGAUGAAAGUGAUACUGAUGAUCUUCAGAAUGAUUUCUUCUCAAUAAAUAAACCUGUAGAAGUGAUCCCAGAAAAUGUACUUUUUGAUAUUGAUGUUAAAGUUGAACAAUCUCAAAAGGAACCUCGGUCUCUUGAAUCAUAUUUCAAAAAAGAUGAUCAUAUUACAUUGGAACCUGAUUAUCAAGGUAUGGAACCUCAAUUAGUAAGAGAAGAGUCUGAAUAUAGCAGUAAUCAAUCAGAUGUUAUCCCAGUUGAUCCUGCCAGUAGUGGAGAUGUAUUGGAUGAAGAAGCUAUCUUAAAACUAUGUGGUGCAAGAGGCAAACGCAAAAGGGAAGAAAUUCAGAUUGUUGAUGUAAAUCAAGAAGAAGUGCUUAAAGAUGCAAGAGAAAUGUUACUCAAGGGACUUAUGGAUGACACUACUAAGAGGCAGUCCCAUAGCAAGAAAAAGGGCAAUGAACCAACAAGUCAACAGAAAAGAAAACAUCAAAUUACCUACUUAGCACAUAAAGCAAAAGCAAAUGAAGCAGAAUUACAGAAUCAAUGGGCAAACAAUAGAAUGACAAAAAGACAGACCCAAUCUAAAUAUGGCUUUUAA